AUGGACGCAGCGUCUCCCUUGCCGCUGCCAUCGCCUGGUGGCAACAGACCCCUGUUCAGACCACCCUCGAGUCCUACAGAAUCGACUUCGGGUUCGCCAGCUCGACGGGGGAGCGCUCAAAAGCGCAAGAGAGGCGAUGCACUUCAGACUGCCGAAUCACGCGUCAAGGCCAUCCUAGCACGGAAGCCGCGCUACCUUGGCGAUUCUGAUCUCGAAGAUGAGUCUGCUGUAGCGCGUAGUCAGGCGCGGCAAGAGAGCCAGAGUGAGAAACCUCGGAGAAGUGCAGCGGAGGAGAUUGAUAGACUGUUUGCCGGACUGUCGGACGAUGAGGACAUACAGCUGCCGCCUCAGCUCGAUGUCGAAGCUAUACGUGCACGAGCAAGAGCCGGCCAGCGCGAACCCAGUCCUGCGCCCCCCGACUUUGGGUUGGACGAUUUGGACGCGCUGGGCAAGCUAGAUGAGGUGGGAGAGGGAAAGGAGAAGAAGAAGCGUGUCAAGAUGGACACGGAUCGUUUGCUGAGUGCGAAAGGUCUUGUCAAGCUCAAGGAGUCUGCCGAACGAUUCAAGAUCAAAGGCAAAGGCCACGAGAUGGAGGAUCUCAAGAGACUGCUGUCGAUGUACACGCUAUGGGCGCAUCAGAUGAAUCCUAUGGGUAGCUUUCAUGACACGAUCAGUCGUUGCGAGAACUUGUGCAAGACCCGACUCGUCGUGUCUCAGAUGAAAGAGUGGAGAUCAGAAUUCAUGGCGAGCAAGUAUCCCAGCAAGACAAGCAAGCCGAAAGACGCGGAAUUGCAACCCAACCUCGCCACCAGGGAUCCUGACGAAUCCGACGUUGAGGACGAUGCGGCAUUUGCAGAAGCCUUUGAAGCCCGCCAAUUUGCCGAAAAGGUAGCCGAGCCUACGUCUGUGCCUGACGACAUCGCUCCGGCUAUCGGAGAGGAUCCAGGCUUCAAUGACGAGGAUCUCGAGAUGGACAAUUUCGACGAUUUUGCCGAGGCCGAAGAGGCCAUGCGACAGCUUGAACAGGGCCUUUAG